AUAUAAAACUUUUGUGCGGGAAAAACUAAAAAAAUAUUAUGUCCUAAAAAGUAAACGCUAAACAGUAGUUAGUAUCAGUUAAAAGAAAUUGAAACUUGAAAUGAAGAGACUGGAUUGUAAUAACUACUAACUUAAAAUUUUCCAAUUUUAUAACGAUAUUUAGUAUUUACUAAAAUGAGACGAAAUUGGCGAGGACGGUAUAAAAAUAACUGGAAUCGAAGAAACAAUGCACGAAACUCUACAGACACCAGCAGUGUUAAUAAUUCUACAUCUUCAAUUCCUAUAUCUAAUAAUUCUAGUUCAGUUAGAGCUCCAGCAAAUCGGUUACCUAUUGUAGUGCCAAUAAAUUCAGGAACAAAUGUAUGGAAAUUAUAUUUUCCUACAGAAGAACAGCCAAGUGCAGAAGUUGCACCUCAUAUACAAUGCUUUAAAAACUUUAUUAAUAAAAAUAGAACAAUUUUUGAUUUGGAAAAAAUUGACCAAACCAGAAGUGUUCCUUUGGAUAUACAGAGUUUGCUAAAUGAUGAAGACUUUAACAACCGUUGGUCUUCAUUUCAAACAGAUUUAUUUGAAAAACCAGAAAUGACAUUACAUUUGUUGGAGUUUUGUUUACAUGAGAGUCUUAAAUGUGAAUCUAGCAUAAAAGUUAGAGUUUUUAAUCAUCAACCAGUAAUACCUAUCAGUAAUUUAAAGGUCAAUUAUUUUGGCAAACUUGUAACAAUAAAAGGAACUGUUAUAAGAGUAGGUAGUGUUGGCCUGAUCUGCACAUCAAUGGCUUUUGAGUGUAGCAGCUGUCAUAGUAUACAAGCUGUAAUGCAACCGCAGGGGGUGUUUACUGCACCAAAUUUUUGCCACAACUGCAAAAGCGGUCACAAGUUUGAACCUCUGCAGUCAUCGCCAUUUACAAAUACAACUGAUUGGCAAGUUGCUAAGAUACAAGAAAUACAGUCACAGAGUUUAUCCGGCACAAUUCCAAGAAGUGUUGAAAUAGAUCUUCAAGGUGAUCUUGUUGGUACAGCUUGCCCGGGCGACGUCCUUUCUGUUACAGGCAUUGUACAGGUCCGAGGUGAAAGCAAAGGUGGUGAGGAUGGCAAAAGAGCUGCACGACUGCUACAACUGUAUGUUGAAGCAGUAUCUAUUCACAGUCAAAGGAAUUUGAGCAAUCCGACUCUUACUUUUACUUUGAAGGAUUAUUAUGCCAUACAGGAAAUCCAUGCAUCAGAAGAUGUAUUCAGGCUUCUAGUACAUUCUCUAUGUCCAACUAUAUUUGGACAUGAACCUGUCAAAGCCGGUCUGAUACUCGGCUUAUUUGGUGGUACAGAACAAGAGAAUGGCUCAAGAAGUAAUCCACAUGUGUUGGUUGUGGGGGACCCUGGCUUGGGGAAGUCUCAAUUGUUACAAGCCGCCGCACAUGCAGCCCCUAGAGGUGUAUACGUGUGUGGAGCGUCAGCAUCAGGCGGUGGUCUAACUGUAGCCCUCGGCCGAGAAGCCGGCGGGGACUUCGCCCUCGAGGCAGGUGCUUUGGUCCUCGCUGAUAAUGGCGUGUGUUGCAUUGAUGAAUUGGAUAAGAUGUCGAGCCACCACAGUAGUUUAUUAGAAGCGAUGGAGCAGCGACGUGUGAGCGUCGCAAAAGGGGGGGUAGUUUGCAGUCUGCCCGCGCGGGCCACUGUACUGGCUGCUGCUAAUCCUGCUGCGGGGAGUUAUAAUAGAGCUAAAACAGUGUCAGAAAAUUUAAAAUUGAAUUCAGCACUACUCUCCAGAUUCGAUUUGGUGUUUAUACUUCUGGAUCAACCUGAUGAGAAAACAGAUGCUAUGUUAUCGGAGCAUGUAUUGGCGUUACAUUCGGGUCCAAAAGGAAAGAAAAGAACUAUUACAAAUUUUGAUGCUUUCAACACAAGUUCUACUCAGAAUAAUAGUAGUAUGUCUUUAAGUCAAAGACUUCGAUUAAAGCCAGGUGAGGUAAUAGACACACUGCCUAUGGUGUUACUGCGGAAAUACAUUGCGUACGCGAGAAGAUACGUACAUCCGAAGUUAAGUACUGCAGCGGCGAACGCCUUACAGAAUUUCUACUUGGAGCUACGUCACAAUCAUCAAAGUACAGUAAGCGAUGGCACACCAAUCACAACCAGACAAUUGGAAGCUUGUAUUCGGCUCACUCAGGCUCGAGCGCGUGUUGAAUUAAGAGAAGAAGCGACAGAUGAAGAUGCUAAUGAUGUUAUUUGUUUAGUUAAACAUAGUUUAGUUGAUACAUUCAGCGAUGAAUUCGGAAAUAUUGAAUUAUCGAGAUCGAUCAAUGGAUCUGGAGUUAGUUCUAGGAAUAAGGUCAAAAAGUUCUUAGACGCGUUAACAAGAAGAGCCCAUCAAAUGAAUAAAGAUAUAUUCACAAGACAAGAGUUAAUACAAAUUCAUAAAGCAGCCGGUGUGGCCGGAGAUCCUAAUGAUCUUAUAGAAGCUAUGCACAUUCAUUCAUAUUUAUUACUCAAGGGGUCUAAUACAUACCAAUUAGUUGCAAUAUAAUUCAUUUUUGCAAUUUUUUUUUAUUAUUGUUGUUUAAAACUCCACUAUCGUCUUUGACAUAAUUGCAUAUAAAGAAAAAUGUCUGCAGCUAUAGUAAAUUUUGAUACUUGUUUUUCGUUACAAUUCAUUAAUAUUAAGCACGGGUUUUUGUUUUCAUAAUAACUAAUAAUUAUAUUAAUAAUCCAAUAAUGUACAUGAAAUUUCCGAAAGUGUUUUAAGCAGAAUGAAACAACAAAAUAUACUUAAUUACCUAUUUUAUUAAAAUUGUAAAUACUGGUAAAAAUGUGAUGAUUUAUCGUUAAAGUAAAAGUAUAAAUAUACAGCAAUUUAUUAUUUUAGAGCACCUCUAGUCAGGAUAACAUGUGACAAAAAAUAAUUAUUAAAAUUACAGGAUAAUCUUGUCAUUUUUCAAAUAGAUAUUACAAACUAUUAUUUUAAAUAGAAUAGUAAUUAUUAUCACGAAAUAGCGAAUUUUACAUACCUAUA